AUGCCCGUGGGAUCGGUUCGUAAUCCAGUUCCAGCUGGGGAAGACAUGGCAGUACUGGAGAGUACCACCAUUCCUCCUCCGCAGUCCUUCCCGGGGGAGGCCCCACAUGAGGCCCCUCCUAUCCCCGUUCCACUUGUGCCCCCUGCAACACCCGCAGUGAGCAGCACCUCGGGUGAGAGUGGGGACGACCCCGGGGUGGUGGGCGAGGAGUGGGACCGCUCGGGGACCGAGCAGAGCCCGGCUGCCGCGGAAGUCCUCCGGGAGAUGGUCAACCAUCACUCUCUGGUGGACGUCUGGCGCGACGACCACCCAGACGAUGUCUCCACAUUCACCUAUGUCCAGGUGGGAACCCGUCGGUCAUGCCACUCCCGGUUGGACAGCAUCUGCAUGUCACGCUUCCACCUUUUACGGGUCCAGUCCUCCAUCGUCCGGCCAGCCCCUUUUUCAGAUCACCGCCUUGUCACUGUGAUGGCCUCUCUCAGAAAUAUCACCAUCAUAUCCUUAGUGGGGACCCGCUGUCGCCUCCACACCCCUAUGUACUGCUUCCUCUGCAAUCUCUCCUUCCUGGAGAUCUGGUACACCACAGCUACCAUCCCCAAGACUCUUACCAAUCUCAUGUCCCAAAGCAAAACCAUCUCCUUCCUCAGCUGCCUCCUGCAGAUGUUGUCCUUCUGUGGCCCUACGGUCAUCAACCAUUUCUUCUGUGACAUAGAUUCUUGGAUAGAGCUCUCCUGCACAGACACGCGCCUUUUUGAGAUGGUGUACAUUAUUAUCUGCUUUAUUGUCAUCCUGGGCUCGUGUGCAGUCACCCUGGUCUCCUACAUUUACAUCAUCUCCACCAUCCUGAGAAUCCCAUCUGCCCAAGGCUGGAAAAAGACCUUUUCCUCUUGCUCUGCCCAUCUCACCGUUGUGGUUAUAUUGUACGGUUCUGCCAUCUUCCUGUAUGUCGAACCUUCUAAACAGAACUCACUGGACAUGAACAAAAUUGUCUCUGUCUUCAAUACUAUUGUGACAUCAUUGCUUAACCCUUUCAUUUACACUCUAAGGAAUAAAGAAGUCGAGGACAUCUUGAGAAAGGCUUUCAGUAGGACAUGA